AUGGAUAAUCAUCUAACGAAUGAUAACGAACGUGAGGUGAGAUAAUCAUUAUUAAUUUAAUUUUAAAUAAUAAUUCUUGGUCAUCGUCAUUUUUUCAUAGUUAUACGUACAGAGAAAUAAUCAGUUUCCGUAAUACUUCCAUUUGUUUUGGCUUUCUUCAUUUCUGCAGACGUUAAAAUAUCAGAAUACUUAUCGUCUGGAACCUUACAAUCCUUUCAAAAUAGACCCAGUAGAUAAGAUUAUAAAAACUAUAAUGAUAACUAAAUUGGAAGAUAUCUCUUAUGAUGCUGUGGAAUGUCUGAAUGUUUGCCAGUCAGUAGCUACAGAUAUUAGAGAAAAAAUUAAAAAUUUGAACUUCGACAGAUACAAGAUCGUGGUGAAUGUAACUAUCAUAGAGAAAGCAAAUCAAUCUAUACAAUCAUCCAUGGGAUUUCUCUGGGAUGCUAAAAGGGACAAUUACUCCAUAUUUACAUACGAAGCUCGAACUUUUCAUGCUUAUUGUUGUGUAUUUGCUCUUUACUGUGAAUAA